AUGGCAACGAUGCCUCACGCUGAAAGCAUUGCAACAAAUACACUGUUAAUUCCAGAUAUACCCAAGGAAGUGUUCCAGUCUCCAGAAGCAAUCUGCGAGAUUCGUGAACUAUGUGCCACAUUUGGCGAUCUUCACCAGUUUAUUGCGAUGAAGAGUUUUCGAAGGUUUAUGGUGAUCUACGAAGACACAUUAAGCUCCAUGCGGGCCAAAAAUGCUCUCGAUCGAUCGUGGGUGACAUGGACGGACAAUACAUGCGGUGUCCUGGAACCCUUAGAAAUCCGGGUGUACUACGGUCAGCAUUCCCCGUUGCACAGCGACCCUGCACUGAACCAACUACAAGUACCCAAUAUGAACCGCAACUUUCUAAUUUCCCCUCCCGGCUCGCCUUUUGAUGACUGGCAGCAAAUAGAAGAAGAUCCACCCAAUCAAAAUGUAUUAGCAUCCGAUCUCAUUCACGCCGUGGCAAGCACCGAAGAUGACGACGACUUGGAUGAUGACUUUUGUCUAGAUGAUAACCUCGUUCGUUCGCCAACAUCAACAACAGCAUCAACAACCGCAGCGCCUGUUCUUCAAAUUGUAUGUAGUGAAGGCGACCCAUUGAACGAAAAUUUACCCAUGAUCACAGUACAGGAUUGGGAUGGACAAGACACCACAAAGUUGACCGAUUCACCCAACCGAUGUCGACCCCACGUAGCCCCUACAGCACGACCACCUUUGCAAGCAUGA